AUGAAGGUCACCAACGCUAUCUUGUCUCUCCUUGCCUCUCAGGCGGCGGCUCAAGUCAUCGAUAUCCAGAUUGGCGAUACCGCGGCGCUUGGCCUUAUGCGAGAGGUCGCUCAAGCCGAAAAGAGUGGUGAUCAUGCUCGUGCUGCCGAGCUCCGAGAUCUAUUGAGCAAAUCGCGUGGUCCUUCGCGAGAGAGAACUCAGUGGAAGACUGAGUGUUCCGUCAGCUCCAACAUCAAUGCAGAGAUUUACGUCGUUCCCGACCCUUCAAACGCUCCCAAAGAGAUCGCCUGGGCAAUGGAUUACCUCGACAAAUAUUGGACAACCGACGAUGGUGGUGAACUUCCCUACCCCGGUGACUUCGAUCGUUUCAUGCACUCCGACGGCUUCAGAAUCAUCCGCACCGACUAUAAGGAUCUGCCUUGGGCUGUUCGCAAGUAUAGAGAGGAACUUCUUAAGGGGGGUACCAAGAUGGAGCGUAAAUUUAUCGCUGAGCUGGAUGGAGUAGCCUUCUUUGCGCCUGGCGUUGUGACUUGGCUUGCACCUCUGUUCGCAGGUAGCGAUGUCAAGCCUGGCCAGAAUGCUUGCGAGGACGAACUCGUUGACUUUAGCAACUGGGAUAAAACGAAGAUCGGAUCUGAGGAUGUCAAGUUUUCGUUCAACUACGGCGGUAGAAUGCAAGUCGGAAACUCCAUUGGCAUUCAAGUGCAUGCAAAGAAAUCUAUGAAGCAAGAAUCCAACAGAAAGACGGAAGAGGCAAUCAAGAAGGUAGCUGAGAGCGAGGCCGAGGCUGGUGAGCUGUAA